GAGCGUUGCUCUUCUCAACCCUGCGAUGUAUCGAGAUUAACAUUCUACAACCAGAUCACCCCAAAGCAGAAAUCCACGCACGCUAACCGUAGGGUAAUGUCAGUCCAUGAUAGGCCAUAAUGAUGCCUACGGCACCGUAGUGGGCCCAAGGCGACCCUCUAGACGUUUCAGGGGAUUGUGCCGAGGACUGUAAGCUUACCUGUGGAUCUGGUUCAGUAAUCCCACGAUAAGAAGUCUACUUCCCGCCAAGUGUGAAUGUUUAUUUUCCUUUGCGAUAUCUGGGGUACUCCAGCUUGCUUGCAUUCUUCUCUGUUCAUUAAUCGUUCUUUGUCAUGGCGGUCGCAUCUCCUUUCCCGCCAGUUGACAUCCCAGAGAUUGAUACUUGGACGUUCUUGUUCGAGGGAAAGAGGGAAUUUACCGAUAAUCAAGUAAUCUUCCUCGAUGCGAAGACAUUUCGGCAAUAUAGCUUUCAUGAGCUGAAACAGACAGCCAUUGCAUUCGGGCAUGCUCUUCGUACGCAAUGGAAUUGGAAGAAAAAUGAUUGCAUUGGUGUAUACUCUCCAAAUUGCGUCGAUACUCCAGCUGUGAUCUUCGGAGCAAUCUGGGCUGGAGCAAUAGUCUCACCAGCGAAUCCAGCAUAUUCUGCCUCAGAACUGGCUUUCCAGCUGAAAGAUUCUGGAGCUAAAGCAUUGAUCACCCAAGGAUCAUGCCUGGAAGUAGCUUUCGAAGCUGCAAAGAUAGUCAAUAUACCUCGAAAUCGCAUUUUGGUCAUCGGUGAUGAGAAGACUGCCCCAGUACAGCAUUUCAGUCAGUUCGUCUUGACGGCGAAUGACAGCCCACCUUUGAGCCGCGUCCCAUCCACACCUUCCGAGGUUGUCUUCCUUGUGUAUUCUUCUGGCACUACUGGGCUUCCGAAGGGUGUGAUGCUGAGCCACAGGAAUAUAAUCGUCAACUUAUUACAGACCGAUCCUAUUCAGACAGACCUAAGCCAUGACGGGGGAGUGGAUGGGAAGGGCGACGCUGUUAUCGCCGUGCUACCUUUCUACCAUCUCUACGGCUUGCAGUAUGAGGUUUUAUACAUGGUACAUCUUGGAGUCAAAGCAGUGAUCUUAGCUGCCUUCCAACCCGAUGCAUUUUGUCAAGCUGUACAAGACCACAAAUGUACCUUCGGCUACUUGGUGCCACCCAUUCUUCUGUUCCUUGGCAAAUCACCACUAGUUGACAAGUACGACUUGAGCAGCUUGAAAACUGCUUAUUCAGCAGCAGCUCCUCUGACAUCUGACUUGGUAGAGGGUGUCUGGAACAGGUUACAACUUCGGACCAAGCAAGCGUAUGGAUUGAGUGAAACAUCUCCAGCCAUCACUACAAUGGAAACUAAGGACUGGAGACGUAAAAUGGGGUCAGUGGGUCCUGUUCUUCCGAAUCAAAUUGUCAAGGUCAUGUCCGAUGACGAGAAACUUCUUCCAGCCUUCUCAGAUGGUGAAAUCUGGGUCCAAGGACCAAAUGUCUUCCCAGGCUACCUCAACAAUCCUACUGCGACUGCAAAUUGCAUGACAUCGGACGGCUUCUUUAAAACUGGGGAUAUUGGUCAUUUCGAUAACGAUGGUUUCCUCUACAUCACAGACCGCAAGAAAGAACUGAUCAAAUACAAAGGAUUCCAAGUGGCUCCUGCUGAGCUGGAAGGGCUGCUGAUCGGACACGAAAAGAUUGCGGAUGCGUGCGUCCUGGGCGUCUAUGAAAAGUCACAAGCUACCGAAUUACCACGCGCGUAUCUGGUCAAGGCAGAGAGUGCGAAGAGCAUUGACGAUACGAUACUUGCGAAGGAAAUUCAAGAAUGGCUAGGUGCAAAAGUGGCACCUCACAAGAGGCUAAGAGGUGGAAUUUACUUCGUGGAUGCAAUACCUAAGUCGGCUGCGGGGAAAAUCUUGCGCAGGAUACUAAGAGAUCAAGUGAAGGCAACAGAAGGCAGGAUCGAGGGACCAAAGUCGAAGUUGUGACUUCCGUGUAAGUCGAUGGCUAGUCAGGUGAUUAUGUAAAUAACAUUCCUGACUCGGAAUGGACCCUGUACAUUCUUAUUGAU